AUGCCUGCCGACCCAACAAUAACAGGCUUCACAGUACGGGACUUACGAUGGCCAACCUCACUCGACAAUAUCGGCUCCGACCCCAUGAAUCUUGCUGGUGAGAAUGCAUUUGGCUAUCUCCAAUUCCAGACCGACGGCGAGCACAUCGGCACUGGCUGGUCCUUCUCUAAUGGCCAAGGCAACGAUGUGCUCUGCGCCGCCAUUCGCUCUCUGGCACCACGCUAUGUUGGUCGCAAGCUGUCCUCAUUGACUGCCAACAUGGCCGAGACACAGCGAAAGUGCGUGUCAGGCCAGGUCCGCUUCAUGUCGCCUGAGCGGGGAGUACUGCAAUUGGCGUGCUGUGCGGUCCUCAACGCGUUAUGGGAUCUAUGGGCAAAGGUAGAAGGCAAGCCUUUAUGGCGGCUGGUCAGCGAUUUCACUCCGGAAGAGUUCGUCCGGUGUAUUGAUUUCCGCUACAUCACAGACGAAAUCACGCCAGAGCAAGCUCUUGAGAUGCUACGGAAGCAAGCGAAGACAAAACACGAACGACUGGAUCUAGCGACCUCGAACAAAGCCGUUCCAGCAUACAACACCUCGAUCGGCUGGCUCGGUCUCUCCGACGACCAAGUCCGCGAGGGACUGAAGAAAGCCGUAACCCAAGGCUUCAAGCAUUUCAAGAUUAAAGGCGCGCAGGGCGUCGAAGCCGACCGCAAACGCCUGUCCCUCGUCCGGGAGAUCGUUGGCCCCUCAGCAGUCCUGAUGGUGGACGUGAACCAGAUUUGGGACGUCGACGAAGCCAUCACCUACAUGAAGAACUUCUCCGAUCUCGGACUCUGGUUUAUCGAAGAACCCACCUCACCCGACGACGUCCUGGGCCACGCCAAGAUCCGUGAGGCAUUGAAGCCCUACAAUAUCGGUGUCGCCACCGGCGAGCACGUGAACAACCGCGUCAUGUUCAAGCAGUUACUGCAAGCCAACGCCCUGGACGCCGUUCAGCUCGACGCAUGCCGACUAUGUUCCGUUAACGAGAUUCUCUCGGUUCUGCUCCUCGCGGCGAAGUUCAACGUCCCCGUCGUGCCUCACUCUGGCGGCGCAGGCAUGGUCGAAUUGUGUAGCCACAUCAGCACCAUCGACUUUGUGUGCGUCAGUGGCAAGGAAAGCAUACUUGAGUAUACAGACCACUUACAUGAGGCUUUUGUCGCGCCGGCGAAGAUCACAGACAAUGGGUACCAUGUGAGUCCGACAGUGCCAGGGUAUAGUUGUGAUGUGAAGGAGGCGGAAUUCGAGAAGUUUGAGGCAUCAGCGGGAUCGUUCUGGCAGGCAGAGCAAGGAAGAAGAUGA